GCCAAUGAAGCCCAAGAACCUGUGUAAUGACCACGGGUAGAAGCCUGUGCCUGGGCAUCCUGUGCCUGGGCAUCGUAGGGAGGAAGUUUAAACCUGGGUGAUUAGCAGAUUCCUCUGAAACCUCCACAAGCAAAGAGGGUGGCAGCUUCAUUAUUUCAUUGUUCCAGCAGCCAGAAACUACAGAACAGAACUUACCAGAGAAGAAAAAGGGAAACCAUCUCCAUGCAAAAGAUUAUUUUCCAUAUUUUCCUUUCACAAGGUGGACCCAUUCCCAUUUCAAAAAAUGAUCUAGAAAAGCAGAUGUCGUUGAAUACUACUUCCUUUAAUCAUCAGUUAGCCGUUGCGAAGAAAAUGACAACUGAAGCUCAGUCAAGCACUGCAAAUUUACAACUAGAAAUCGAGUCGCUGAAGAUGAAACUUAAGGAAAGAGAACGAGAACUAAGCAUAACAAAUAUUUAUGCACACCGGAUGGGUAAAAGUCAGUCAGAGAAAGCAAAUUCCUGUUUUUCUCCAAAAGUUGUUAAAGUCAGCAAAGCUAUCCAGGCAAAUAUCAGCCUAAAACCCAGGACUCUUGGGAAGGGUGAGCCUGUAGGAAGUCCGCUGACCUUCCACGAGGAAUUGAAAGCCAACAUUGAACAUGAAACAAGAGUUCAUCUCCCUGAAAAAUUACCUGUGCACAACAUUUCAAAUGAGACAUUCAUGGGAUUACAAUGUGAAGAAAUUGGCUCAAAGAUAGAAGAAAACAUCCAAUAUGAAAAUAGAAAAAGACAGAAGAGCAGGAGAGAAAGGGAAGGGUUGGACUUAUUCAAAGAAGAGUUUAAUAAAGUAAAGGCUGAACCAUCAUUUUUUCCUAUAAAUCAUGUUAUGUCCAAAGUAAACAAUUUGGAAGAUGUUGCAAUGGAAAAACAGGAAAACAAAGAAGAUACGGAGGCAAAAGAAGCUGUUUGUGACAAAGUAACAACAGCAAUAACAAGGCAUAGACCAUUUACGUUUAAAAAACACUACGUAUUUACAGAAGCCACUGAAAAUUUGCAUCAGGGAUAUCCCUCAACUGGUCCCUUAGUCAAACCAAGGAUGCCAUGCAGUGGAAGACCAAGAAACCAGCAACAGGGUGAAUUAACCCACUUUUUGGAAGAUCCUGUCACCAAUUAUGAGCCCUCAUUUGCUAAAUUUCCAAACAAAAGACCAAAGGACAAGACUUCAACUCCCGGUGAAGAAACCACACCGAAGAUACUGCCAGAAAAGAAAAGGCUUCUUUUGAAAAAACUGUUUGGUCCAAAUAGUAUAUUUAGCAAAUGACGGCUUGCAUUAUGUUCUUCCUAUCAAGCGGAUAGAUAUUAGAUAAUAGACAUCAGAGAGUAUUAGAACUAGGACAGAUUACAUAGUAGAUAGUGGAUAGUAUUAGAACUAGGAUAUAUUAGAUAACAGAUAUUAGAUAGUAUUACAAGUAAGCGAUAUUUGAUAGUAGAUAUUAGUAUUAGAACUAGGAUAUAUUACAUAGAGGAUAUUAGUAUUAGAAUUAGGAUAUAUUAGAUAAUAGAUAUUAGAUAGUAUUAGAACUAAGCAAUAUUAGGUAUUAGAUAUUAGUGUUAGAAUUAGAAUAUAUUAGAUAGUAGAUAUUAGAUAAUAUGAGAACUAGGAGAUAUUAGAUGUUUCUGUAGUUACAGGCUUCCAGUUUCGUCACAUAGCAGCCAUGGACAGUUGGGAGAUUUGCUCUCUCUCCCCCGUUCUGUUUCACAUUGCUGGGGGUCCCUGAAAAGGGCCGGAAAUCGCCCCGAAGAGGCGACUAGCAAGGAGGGGCUUUUGCUGGAUCGCAGGAGAGCAGCAACUCUCCUGUUAGAGCUGGCAGUCUCUUCAAACCGGCGAACAAAAGGACCCGCCAUAGAAAUAUGGCUCGUCCCUAGGCUGCUAACAGCCGAAGUCACAUUAACAUCUGGCAACUUCA